AUGGUGCUCGAUGUCGUGCAGACUCGCGGCUUGGAGGCAUUUGGCCGCAAAGUCACAACCACAGCCUCCCAUCUCAUGGCCCCUAAUGCAGAGGCUACCGCCCACCACUACCAGACGGCCAUGAAGCAGGUUCACAAGCAGCUGGCUCGGCCGUCCGUACAACAGAGCGUCUUUGCCUUGGCCAGAAGGACACCGACCGAGAUUGUGCGAUCCAAACUCUCUACCACCGAGAUUCAGCACCGCGCCGUCAGCUUCCUCUCCGACGACUUGCUCUCCAACAUUCCCGAAGAUGAUAACUCCUACUCGCUGUUUCAGGGCUUCAAGGCCAGCUUCCCUGAGAUGACGGAUGAGGGCAAGAAACACCGCCGACGCGUGUCGAGAGGGAGAAAGUUGCUCCAAGAAAAGGAGACGGCUGGAUCCGCCGAACCUGUGGCUACUCUGUCGCAUGUGCAAAAAGAGAGGGCUGCCAUGAUGCACGAGUUUGAGUUGAUUGAAGUUCGAAAGAGCAUGGCGAGCAGCGAAAUUCGCGAAAUUGACAACAAAAUCGCCAACCUGCAGGGCAUGCGCAAGAUUAUUUUGGAGCGACUAGCGGGCCUAGAGCAGGAAGAGGCAUUAUUAGAACACGACAUCAUCGAUGUCGAAGGACGAUUAGAAGUAGCCCAAGCGCUGGCGGACGAAGCAGAAGCCAUUGCAAGAAACACGCCGACCAAAGAUGAAGUCGACCUUGUUGGCGACGCCGACGAUCACGAUCCCGAAUUCAUGUCGCAAUCUGUAUACGAUAAACUUCCCGGUUCAACAAACAGCACACCUAAGAGACCAAAAAAGGUACACCGGCGCAAAUCCAUGCCCAUCCUGCACGAGCACUUUGCCGCCGGAUCCAACAUACGGCAGCUUCGCGCGCACAAGGACACAGUCACAGCCAUAGACUUUGAUGCGCCAUUCGGUACCAUGGUUACUGCCGCUCUCGACGACACGGUCAAGGUUUGGGAUUUAAAUGCAGGACGGUGUAUAGGACUCUUGGACGGACACACUGCGUCUGUGAGAACGUUACAGGUUGAAGACAAUAUCCUCGCCACAGGCUCCGCCGAUGCAACUAUUCGAUUGUGGGAUCUGAGUCGGUCAAGUUACGAUCCUCAUGGAAACAGCUACGGGAAAGACGAGGACGAAGACGAGGAUGCCAUUGCAUUCGAGAACCCGAAUGACCAGCCUAUUGAGCCCCCAGAGGAUAGCAUGAAGGACUGCGAGCUGUACACCCUACAAGCCCAUGUUGAUGAGGUCACAGCCUUGCAUUUCCGAGGCGACGUUCUGGUUUCCGGCUCUGCAGACAAGACGAUUCGACACUGGGAUCUCGAAAAGGGCCGAUGUGUGCAAACACUGGAUGUUAUGUGGGCAGCGGCUCAAGCAUCAGCCACUUCCAGCAUCGACAAUGGCUGGAGACCGACAGGUCGCUCGUCAAACAGCUCGGCAGACUUUGUGGGAGCUUUGCAAGUCUUUGAGUCGGCAUUGGCGUGCGGCACAGCCGAUGGUAUGGUGCGGCUAUGGGACCUCCGAAGUGGUCAAGUUCACCGCAGCCUUGUAGGACACACGGGCGCCGUGACAUGUCUUCAAUUCGACGACGUGCAUCUGGUAACUGGUAGCUUGGAUAGAAGUGUGAGAAUAUGGGAUCUCCGCACGGGCGCCAUCUUUGACGCCUACGCUUACGACAACCCCAUAACCAGCAUGAUGUUCGACUCUAGAAGAAUAGUGAGCGCGGCAGGAGAAGAUGUAGUCAAAGUGUAUGAUAAAGUAGAGGGUAGACAAUGGGACUGCGGCGCGGGCAUCACGGAGGCGGAUGAGGGGAAGAACCUGGCCGUGGUGGAGCAUGGUAGUGCCAAGCUGCAAACUGUAAAGGACUAG